CCGCCCUCUCCAGCCUGGCCCCGCCCCGGCCCAGCUACAUUCCGAGGCCAGCUUCCGUCCUGCCAGGUCCGGGUCGGCGGCUGCACGGCGGAUGAGACCGGUGCGACUCAUGAAGGUGUUCGUCACCCGCAGGAUCCCCGCCGAGGGCAGGGUCGCGCUCGCCCAGGCGGCAGACUGUGAGGUGGAGCAGUGGGACUCGGAUGAGCCCAUCCCCGCCAAGGAGCUAGAGCGAGGUGUGGCGGGGGCCCACGGCCUGCUCUGCCUCCUCUCCGACCACGUGGACAAGAGGAUCCUGGAUGCUGCAGGGGCCAAUCUCAAAGUCAUCAGCACUAUGUCUGUGGGCUUCGACCACUUGGCUUUGGAUGAAAUCAAGAAGCGUGGGAUCCGAGUUGGCUACACCCCAGAUGUCCUGACAGAUACCACCGCCGAACUCGCAGUCUCCCUGCUACUUACCACCUGCCGCCGGUUGCCAGAGGCCAUCGAGGAAGUGAAGAAUGGUGGCUGGACCUCGUGGAAGCCCCUCUGGUUGUGUGGCUAUGGACUCACGCAGAGCACUGUCGGCAUCAUCGGGCUGGGGCGCAUAGGCCAGGCCAUUGCUCGGCGUCUGAAACCCUUUGGUGUCCAGAGAUUUCUGUACACAGGGCGCCAGCCCAGGCCUGAGGAAGCAGCGGAAUUCCAGGCAGAGUUUGUGUCUACCCCUGAGCUGGCUGCCCAGUCUGAUUUCAUCGUCGUGGCCUGCUCCUUAACGCCUGCAACCGAGGGACUCUGCAACAAGGACUUCUUCCAGAAGAUGAAGGAAACAGCUGUGUUCAUCAACAUCAGCAGGGGCGACGUCGUAAACCAGGACGACCUGUACCAGGCCUUGGCCAGUGGUAAGAUUGCAGCUGCUGGACUGGAUGUGACGAGCCCAGAACCACUGCCUACAAACCACCCUCUCCUGACCCUGAAGAACUGUGAUUCCUUCACUUGUCCCUCAGUUGUGACCAUGGCACUUGAAUCUGAUACCCAGACCAUCAGGGAAAUUAAGAGCACUUCCAGAAAAGGAGUUAACUGGAAGAAAUGAGAACUAGGAGGCGACUAAGAUUGUAGGAAACAGGAGACCCACCAGAGAAGACAGUCAAAGGGAAUCCCAAGGAUGAUGAUGAAGCUCCAGAUGACAACUAGGCAGCAGGCCUGGAGAGCAAAAGCAGUCAGACUGGAGCAGGAAGGACUCCAAGGAGUGGGUCUCCAAGGGGAGUGGAAAAAAAGGAAUGGAUAGAUAACCUGAUGUGAUUGGGAGUGCUUAGAAUUUACCAGUUCUAUCCAAGUGUGAAGAUAGGUCAUUAAAUAAACAAGUUUUUAAAUGGAUCAAUGAUUAACUCCAGGAAAAAAAAAAGGUUGUUUACUUAUAGGACACAAUAUGUAGUUCAUUUGUAGACAAUAUUUACACAGUCAUAAAAUAUGUACACUAAACCAAAUAUGAGAUAUUGGGAGGAUGAGAGAAAGCAACUUUGCUUGGGGGGAGAGGGUAGAGGAGAUGAGGUAUAAUAAAGUUAAAUCUUCACUUUCCUUAUUAAUCUAGAAAUACAGUCUGAAAUAGGUUAUCUCAAAAAAUAGUAAUUUGGCAUGUUAUUUAGAAGUACAGAAGUUGGUCGAGCAUGGUGGCUCUCGCCUGUAAUCCCAGCGCUUUGGGAGACCGAGGUAGGUGGGUCCCUUGAGCCCCCCGGAGUUCAAGACCAGCCUGGGCAACAUGACGAAACCCCAUCUCUUAUUAAAAAUACAAAAACAAUUAGCCAGGCCUGGUGGUGUGUGCCUGCAGUCCCAGCUACUUGGUAGGCAGAGGGGGAUCAGUUGAGCCCGGAGUCGGAAGUUGCAGUGAGCAUAGAUCACGUCACUGCACUCUAAUCCGGGAGACAGUGAGACCCUGUCAAAAAAAAAAGAGAAAUAUGGAAGUCAAUAGUGGAAGAAAUAGCUGAAAUAAUUGAAAGUGGUUGCCUCUGAGGAGUGGGUAAUUGAUGGGGAAAAGGAUGGGACAAGGGACUGCUAUUUUGUUGUUGUUGUUUCUUUUUACCUAUAAGCCUUAUGGAACUAUAGGCUGGGUGUGGUAGCUCAUGGCUGUAAUCCUAACCCUUUGGGAGGCUGAGGCGGGUGGAUUGCUUGAGCUCAGGAGUUUGAGACCACCUUGGGCAACAUGGCAAAACCCCAUCUCAACUAAAAAUACAAAAAGUAGCCGGCCAUGGUGGUGAGUGCCCGCCAUGUAGUCCCAGCGUACUUGGGAGGCUAAGGUGGGAGGAUUGCUUCAGCCCAGGAGGCAGAGGUUACACAGAGCGAAGAUCACUGCACUGCACUGCAACCUGGGCGACAGAGCAAGUCUCUGUCUCAAAUAAAUACAUAAAAAUGUACACAUAUACUUAUAAAAUUAAAUUUAAAAAACGUAGAUCUGUGAUAUUCUAAAGGGAUAUACCAGAGAUCUUUGCAAAUCUCCAAAAUUCACAAAUACCAUCAUGGCAUUUCAUAAGAAGGCAGCAUGGGUGCCAAGUGGCUCCCCAAGCCCAACUACUUGCUCUGAUGUCCAAGCCGUACAGCCUUACAGGCCAAAGUUGGUCAGGAUCCUGGGAAAUAACUGAAAUGGCAAACUAAGUCCACAAAACUCAAGGGUCUACUGUGGCGACAGACUAUUAUGCUAUUCAGCUAUACUUGGAAAGUUAACUAUUGGAAAAGCAAAAUGCCUCAAAGCAGCAGACACGUGUUGGCCAUAUUGUUUUGCCUAUGUUGAGCUUUGAUGAAUUUUCAACAACAAAAUAGAUCACUGAAACACAUACUUUCCCACUGAGGUGUCUGCUCUUUGCUAUCAUGUAUGAGAGAUCAGAUCUCCAAAGAUGCAGCCACUGCCACAUCCCUUCUUGCUUUACCAAGCUUUCCUGCAGAGAGCCAGCAGUGGCAGGCAGCAGCACACACAUCCCAGGUCCCCACCCAACUCACUCAGGGCCCACAGAGCUAAAGGCUUUGGGGAGAUUAAAUGAAAUGCAAUUACUGCUCAUAAGUCUAUAGCCCUGCCUUAGAAAGUACACUCAUAUAUGAAUAAGUGCCAAGUUCCAGAGGGGUGAUUAUUUUGUAGCAGUAACAGGGAAGAAACAUUCUGGUUUGAGGAAUAAAAUAAACAGGGAAUUGUGGUGGGAAGUUGUACAAGCCUCAGAGUUGCUCUUCUAAGUGACCAUGGAAGCUUGGGCCCAACAGGCAAAAACAAGGAACACCAGACACUCAGCGUUACUGCUUUCUCUUCUACAGUGGGGAAGAGACCCAGUGUGUUAGUCUGUUUUCAACUGCUAUAAAGAAAUACCCAAGACUGGGUGAUUUAUAAAGGAAAGAGGUUUAAUUGACUCACAGUUGUGCAUGGCUGAGGUGGCCUCAGGAAACUUACAAUCAUGGUGGAAGGCAAAGGGAAAGCAAGGACCUUCUUCACAUGGUGGCAGGAGAAGAGUGUGAGUGUGUGAAAGAGAAACUGUCACUUACAAAACCACCAGAUGUUGUGAGAACUCACUAUCACGAGAACAGCAUGGGGGAAACCACCCCCAGGAUCCAAUCACCUCCUUCCCUCCAUGUGGGGAUUACAAUUUGAGAUGAGAUUUGGGUUGGGACAAAGCCAAGCCAUAUCACCCAGCAUUGUAGUAACAGCCUCACUGGUGAUAGUAACAGAGGUAAUGGUAGUGGUAAUAAAAUAUAUAUUUUUUACUGUGCUUUUUUUUUUUUUGAGACAGGGUUUCACCCUGUUGCCCAGGCUAGAGUACAGUGGCAUGAUCAUAGCUCACUGCAGCCUUGAAUCCUGGCUUCAAGCAAUCCUCCUGCCAGCCUGGGAUUACAGGUAUAACAGUAACUACUGAGAGUCUGACAGUCAUUAUGCUAAGUACUUUUAAUUUACAUUAUUUCUAAUCUUCAAAACAACAGUGGCAGGUGGGAAUUAUUUUCCUGACUUAAUAGAUGAGGGGGGCCAUAAAAGACUGGCUUCACAAAUAAAUAGUAUUUCAACCAGGCAUACUGAUUUAAAAGGACAGUAAUAUUCUGCUCAAUGCUUUUUUUUUUUUUUUUUAAAUACGCAACAGAACUUAUAUGAGAAAAAUAGCUUACUUAAAAAUUAUGGGGCUGGGCAUGGUGGCUCAUAUCUGUAAUUUCCAGUACUUUGGAAGGCCAAGAUGGGAAGAUUACCUGAGCCUAGGAGUUCGAGACCAGCCUAGACAAUAUGGCAAGCCCUCAUCUCUAAAAUAAAUAAAUAAUUUUUUAAAAUUGUGGUCCCAGAAACGCCAUUUUGAGGAAAUUUUCCAAGAGCCAGGGGACCUUUGAAAAGAGGCUACUGAGGUAGCUAAACACAACCCCAACAAAGAUAAAAGGUUUAAGUAAUACUGGAAGACAGGCAAACAGUACAUACAUCUUUUAACUUCCCAUCAGCCUAGAGAUCCUCAGCUCUACACUAGAUCCCCCAUCAUAGGCCUUGAGACCAACUCAAGUUCUCCAUACUCCUCUCAAAACACUUUAGGGAUGUUGGAACUUCCUGUUAUACCUUGUUGGCAGACCAUCUUCAGGCAAUACAGAGGCUAAUGUCUGCAUCAUAACUAUGAUUCCACCUUGGGAAAGUGGGACUCACAAUUUGCAGGCUAUCCAAAUGUGAAGGGGGGAAGGGGUGCUCAAAAGAUUCUGGGGAGCUGCAAAUGACAGAUGUCCACCAUAGCAUCCCUCUGACAAAUCGGGCGGGCCCUUCUACAUACUAAUCCACGUGACUUUGGAAAUGCAUAGUUUUACUGAGUAAGAGGUGAUCUUCCUGGAAAUGAAAGAAAGAACCAAACAACAGAAGGACAGAUGAGUUGGUGUUACACUGUAACAUCUUCAACUAGCAAUUUAUUAAGUCCUGAUUACUCUGCCAUGGACAGCUAAGGAAGUAGGGUAAAUUUUCUUUAAAAAAGAACUCUAAGAAAUUAAAACAGAAAAUUUAAAACUAUUUGUCAACUUAUUUAAAAAUAGUAAUAAACGAUUACAGCCGGGCACGGUGGCUCACGCCUGUAAUCCCAGCACUGUGGAAGGCCGAGGCGGGUAAAUCACGAGGUUGAGAGAGCAAGACCAUCCUGGCCAACAUGGUGAAACCCCGACUCUGCUAAAAAUACAAAAAUUAGCUGGGCGUGGUGGUGUGGGCCUGUAGUCCCAGCUACUCGGGAGGCUGAGGCAGGAGAAUUGCUUGAACCUAGCAGGCAGAGAGUGCAGUGAGCCAAGAUCACGCCACUGCACUCCAGCCUGGUGACAGAGCGAGACUCCGUUUCAAAAUAAAUAAAUAAUAAACAAUUACGUGUUAACAUAACAUUUUAAUAAAUAACUGGGCCGGGCAUGGUGGCUCACACCUGUAAAACUAGCACCUUGGGAGGCCUAGGUGGGAGGAUCAGUUGAGCCCAGGAGUUCAAGACCAGCCUGGGCAACACGGUGAGAUUCUAUCUCUAUAACAAAAAGAAAAAAGUUAUUUAAAAAAUAAAUAUUUUCCAAAAACAUAAGAGGGGUAUUGUUUUAUAUUUCGGCAUUAAGAGAAGACAACUGGAUUCUCAUAUUUGCUUCUGCAUUCCGGCUUGUGAUAUCACACAUUGCAUGGCCUCUGGAAAACUCCACUCUACAUUCGUGAAAGAAUGAGUAAAAAAAGGCCUGGUGCGGUAGCUCACGCCUGUAAUCCCAGCACUUUUGGAGGUCUAGGUGGGCAGAUCACUUGAGGCCAGGAGUUUGCGACCAGCUUGGCCAACAUGGUGAAACCUUGCCUCUACUAAAAAUGCAAAAAUUAGUCAGGUGUGGUGGUGCAUGCCUGUAGUCUCAGCUACUCGGGAGGCGAGGCAUAUGAGAAUUGCUUGAACCCAGGAGGUGGAGGUUGCAGGGAACCAAGACUGUACCACUGUACUCUAGUCUGGGCGAUAGUAUGAGACUCUCAAAAACAAAAAAAAAGAAUGAGUAAAAAUGAUACAGGAAUUAAAGAGAAAUCAGGCAGAUAGUGAGGGUAAGAAGCCCUCAGUAAGGUUUUCCUUUUAAUGAAAAGCAGCCCCAAGUGAUUGUUCUUUCUAAUAAAGAGCAGCCUGUAAAAUCGAGCUGCAGACAUAGAUGCCAGCAGUGGUGCCAAUCACGUUCAAAAUGGUGGCUUCAUCUUCCCUUCUCUUUUUCAGCAACGUGUACAGUAAGCAGCAGACAAUGGGGCAGGCCAAGGGGAAAGCCAAUUUGCAUAAUAAGAUUAGGGUGGAAUGGCCAGCCUUCCCCAUGUGCUAUAUAAACGUCACACGUGAUCAAACCAAUCUGUGGGCCCUACGUAAAUCAGACACCACCUCCUCAAGCCUGCCUAUAAAAUCUGGCAAAUUCUGCCACCCGCUGGUCGUUUCCUUUCAGAAGCUCCUCUGUCUCACUAGAGGGAGAGCUGUUUUCCCUUCUCUUUGUUGCUUUCUUUGGCCUAUUAAACCUCCACUCCUAAACUCGUGUGUGUCUGUGUCCCAAAUUUUCUUGGCCCGUGACAACGAACCCCAGGUAUUUACCCCAGACGACGAAGCUGCUUCAAAAAAAAGCAAGUAAGUCUUUAUAUCAUUAUAAAAAGUUCUGACCUCACAGACGCCUUGAAAAAGUCUGGGGGGCCCAUAUAGGUCACUGGACUAUACUUUGCGAAUUGCUGAUCUAACAAAAAUUUUAAUUAUAUUUGGAAGAUAGAAGAAUGAGUAAUAUGCAUUGAGCAAAACUGGCAGAAUUACAAGGAGAAAUUAACAAAUUCAUAAAGAACGGUAUUACCUUUAACCAAGGAGAUGUCAAUAGAUAAUGCCUAAACUGAAAUUAAGAAUUAGCUCCUGCCAGGCGCGGUGGCUCACACUUAUAAUCCCAGCACUUUGGGACAUCAUCUGAGGUCAGGAGUUCAAGACGGCAGAUCACCUGAGGUCAAGAGUUCAAGACCAGCCUGGCCAGCAUGGUGAAACCCCGUCUCUACUAAAAAUACAAAAAUUAGCCAGGCGUGGUGGCACGCACCUGUAAUCCCAGCUACUCAGGAGGCUGAGGCAGGAGAAUCGCUUGAACCUGGGAGGCGGAGGUUGCAGUGAGCCGAGAUCGCACCACUGCACCCCAGCCUGGGCAACAGAGCAAAACUCCAUCUCAAAAAAAAAACAAAAAAAAGAAUUAGCUCCAAGCGUAUUAUUUAA